UUUCCCGGAUGCCUACAAGGCCACAGGGCAGUCCUUUAAGUACCGUCACCAAUAGAGUCAACGGUUUCAGUUGCAAAGGGAUCGCUCCGUUGACAGUCAGAAGCGGAUAGUCGAUAUACAUUGACGUUCUCUCAGUGCGAGUGAAGGUGAUUUACUAGCACAUCGUUUCUCGUGUACCGGGAUCCAUUCGCAAAAUACAGAUGGCAGGCAACGGCACAGAAGGAGGCGACUACAUCCUCCCAACUGAGCUACCUUUCUCCUGGGACGAUCUCUUCCUAGAAAACGCCACUACAAACAUUACGGAAGAACAGAGGAUGGAGCGAGAUGAUCUAGAGGAUGUUAGAUCGGUGUUUCCCAACUACACGGCUCUAUUGUCCAUCCCGUUGAUUGCGGGGACGGUCUUCGGGAACUGUUUGGUGAUCAUGGCGGUGUACAGAGAGAGGAACCUGCGGUCCAUCACCAACUAUUUCAUCGUGAGCCUGGCUGUAACAGACGCGCUCAUGGCGGUAUUGGUCAUGCCUCUAGCCGUAUACUUUGAGGUGAUGCAGAUGUGGACCAUGGGAUUUGUCAUGUGUGACGUGUUCGUGACGUUUGACGUCAUGUUCUGUACAGCCUCCAUCUUCAACCUGGUCGCCAUCAGCAUCGACAGGUUUUAUGCGGUAACCUGGCCAGUCCACUAUGCCAAACACAAGUCGAAGAGCCGGCCUAUCAUCACAGUUUCUAUCGUUUGGCUGCUGUCAUUCUCCAUUUCCUGUCCACUACUGUUCGGGGUCAACAACCCGGAUGUUGGGAUUCGUCAACCAGGGACUUGUGGACUUGAAAACGGAGACUACGUCAUCUACUCCUCAGUGUGCUCGUUCUUCAUCCCGUGUACGGUGAUGCUGGUGCUCUACUACAAGAUACUCAAGAAAAUUAAAGAGCGGACCAAGAAGCUUGCUCCAAAGAGUACGAUGAGCUCAAAUCCCUCCGCACCUUCCGCUGGUGACACCUUGGCCAUGGACGAGCUCUCCGAACCCACAGCCGCUCGCGGCAUGCACAAGAGCGACACGCAGACCACAAACCUCGGCACUGACGACGACAUGUCCCCGAACCCUUCAUUCGACACCAACGAUGAUACAGGGAUCCCCGGCCAAGCAAACACCAUCUCAUGGAACACCAACACACGUGCCUCCACCGCCCUGGUGGACAACAGACGAGAGAGGAGAGAAAAGGUUUCUCUGGCUGUUAUCAGAAGCAAGUUUAAGAUCAGGCCGAAAGAUGACUUUCCGAACAAGCGGGAGCAGAAGGCCAUCAACGUUAUGAAGAUAGUUAUUGGCGUCUUUCUGUUCUGCUGGUUGCCAUUCUUCGUAGCGAACGUGCUUCAGGCCUGUCAGAGUUGCCAGGUGUCGCCCACCAUGUUCUCAGUACUGACAUGGCUCGGGUACGUCAACAGUGCAGUCAACCCUGUCAUCUAUACCAUCUUCAACCCAGAGUUCAAGAAAGCGUUCAAGAAGAUUCUUCUCUGUAGACAACCCAGCAGAAGAGUGCGCUGACGAUUUAUAGUUAUCGCCAAGUCUUAGUAAUUUCCACCAUAACAGCGGCUAUAUAUUAGCCUAAGACGUGCCCUAAUAUGGGACGGAUAUUAACUGACAUCUACAAAAAUGAAGAGCGUUUAAGAACGCGUUCAAGAAGAUGUAGACAGCCUAGCAAAAGAGUACGCUGAGAAUUGAAGUCAAAUCUUUGUAAUGUUCACCAUAACGGGGGCUGUCUUGACACCGACGUGCCCUAACUUCGGACGGAUUUUUUACUGACCUUAUUGUGCACAAGUGGACCCCGCAGUCUGUUACAUCUUCAACCAUGCGUUCAAGAAAUUGUUCAAGAAAAUCGUUUUCUGUAUACAACCUAGCAAAAAAAACGUGC